AGAAGGGACACAUGAAGUUCGAGUGCCGGUCAAAGCAACUCUGGAAGGAGAACUCUGACUCGAAAGACAAGGAGAAUAAAGAGUCAAGCAAAGAAAAUGUCGUGAAUGAUCAGGCAGCGUCAAGCGCAGGAAUCGGUUUCUUGCUUCUCUCUCGAGAAGACGGGGACUCAGAACCACUUACUCUUCGACCGAAGGUUGAUGAAGUUUGCGAGACUGUUAUUACCGAUCGUUGCGCGACACCCACCGAUUGGGUGGUGGAUUCGGGGGCAACGAGCCACUGCACUGGAAUGGAUCACAAUUGGAUUCGGUACCGCGCGAUCGCUCCGGGGGAGCACGCAGUGAUCUUUGCGGAUGAGAUCAAGGUCAGCGCAGCUGGGAUCGGUGAUAUCAGGCUGUUACUGCCAUGUGGAACAAACUUCGAACCGCGCCAUACUCCGCAAUGUACAGCAUGUUUCUGCUUGCGGCAAGAACAACCUCAUGAGAGUCUACCAGAUCCUGACGGUUGGAGUCAAGGUGGACUACAACUUUGACGGCAGGGUCACCCUCUUCACCAAACAGGAUCGGAACAUCGUUGGAAUCGGUCCUAUACCGGGCAAGUCGUUCUACAUGAUUGCUGACCAUGCGGCUACGUACCAUGUUGUAACACCGGGGUGGUUCACAGUUGGCACGCUCACAGCAGCGGGCAAGGACAGUCUACUGAUCAGAAGAGAACAGCACUUGUACAAUGGCGGUGAAGUGAAUGUGGAGGCCCAACUGAUUCGCACGGCGGCUUGUUCUUGGAAACAACUGAGAAGGGUUGAUGAUCGGCUAAUCACGAAUAGGGAGAGAGAGUAAAUCCAAGAGUAACAAAGUCUGAUUGUUAUGGCUUAACUCCC